AUGACUACGCGAUACGCGCAGGCUUCAACUGGCAGUCCAGUAGGAGUUAGUGACGAUGCAAAUGAUAAUCAAGGCGAACGAUAUGAAAGUCCCGUAUUAUUAACGGGAACAUCAACUCCAGCAGCAGGCAUUGGUUCAUGGGUCUCGCUUUCACCCAACAUUCAUACCUCUGAUUCCGAACUCGAAGCAUACCAAGCUGAUAACGACGACGACUUAAUAUCUGAUUCCCCGGUAGAAGACCAGGAAGAGAGGCCUCGUGGUGUGUUGAAUCUUCCUAGAAAUAUAGAAGUCGAACAAGAAGAGGCUUUAAGAGCAAGUCUAUCAACAAUACUCGCAUCCUCAGAAAGACCAAGAUUCCGCCAAGCCCGCGAACGUGAACUCCGCGCCCGAACAGCAAAUCGCUUUCGUACACUCGCCACUAAAGCCACCAAUCCCCCACCUCUAUUCUUCUCUCGUGACACAUCCCCACACUUUAAUUCCACAUCAGCAGUCACGAAUGAUACUACUAUUAACCCAGUACUGGACCGCGACUUGUCUGAUUCACAAUGUAAUUUAACAUCUUCAGACACAUCAUCCUCAACCACGCAUAAAUUUGUGCAGCCAAUAAUUCACCACCGCACAAGCGUCCGACACAGUCGUGGAUCAAUGUCGCCACCGUUCCAAGAUAAAGCUGAAGCUAUGAUAGAGCGUAGUUUCAACAUCAGCCAUUCACCUCGUAUUGUCUAUUCUGCCCCAUCAUCGCCACCGACGACGUCGUUCUUGGAGACUAGUGACCAGUUGACUAAAAGCGACGAAGAGGAAGAGCAAGAAGGUUAUGUUUCCGAAUCUAAGAGCAGGCGGCGGAAUCUGAACAGGGCAAAAUAUGAAGAAGAUGGUCAAAGUAAUAGUACGAGUGAAUACGAAAGCGUUUCUUCGCUAUCGUUGGAUGAGAUCAGCGACGUUUCGAGAUCUGGGCGAAAAAGUUGGAAGAAGGAAAGUGGGCAUAGUGUUGAUGGGAGUAGCGACGAUGGGAGCAAAUGGUAUAGCGGAGAUAUUACUGUCAAAGUCUGGACGGCAGCAGUUAUAUCUGGAGUACUUCUGGGUGCCGGUUUUGGUGCCGGAUCACUAUGGCGUGGAUCAAGGGCUGGUCAUUAUACUGCCGCACCCGCUUGA